CGAAACACGAGCGAGCUAAAGGCAUGAACAACCCCGUCAGGUACUAGAAAACCUUAUUAUUUUCACCUGUGGGAGAGAAAGAGUAAAUCAUAGUAAAUGAAAGAGUCAUUCGGCUGCCUCCCGCUCUAUUCUAUUGAAGCUCGGCAGGUUUCACACGCAAAACAAGAAAUCAGCAGACGGGGAGACCACGGAUUGGUUGAGCAACCCUGAACAAGUGUUAAGACACCACCGCAGAUGUUCAAAAGCCUUUUGUUUGUGGUGCCAAACUCGACGACAUUUGAAAUUCAAAACUCCGGUAGCAGCCUAUGAGGUCUAAGGAAGAUAAUACGUAAUGUUUUCACGUCCUUCCGUGGUGGCAGGUUUUGAUUGACAACCACGGCUGCCGCCCUAAGAGCUCUCACGGGUGUCUGCUGAACACUGCCGCGUAGUCGAAUCACCAUAUCUUACAAGUCAGCAUCAACACAGAUCCCUACUGAACGAAGAACCCGUCAUUCUUAGAAAAACCGUCUUAGAGUAAGUAUAAAAGUAGUCUUUUUCCUUGGAAACGGUCUCUGAGCCGCCAAAGUGGUGAGAAAAUUCAUUUGUGAGGGGCAUCUUCGUGGUUCGGUUCAUACCAGCUGUCGACCUAUUCCUCAGAUUGACGCAUCUUCUUUCGCUCGUUUUGUUGCCGAUGGUAGCUUUCUUUUUCAAAGCUAGGCGGGAUUGAGAAAUCUUUUAAGUUCCAAUCUGAAAACUCCAUUGGUCCAGCUCCUAAUACAUCGUUGUCCUUGUCUUCAUUACCAUGGUAAGACCUUUCUGAUGCCGGCAGUCCUACGGUGUACCGCGAAGGAAGUGAACGAACGAAGUUAUCAUCGACAACGAAAUGGCUAAACAGCGCUACCUACCUACUGGUGUAAUUUUUUUUUUACUAAAAAAGAGGUAUUUAAGCGAGGUGAAAUCAAGAGGACGAUGAAGAGUUGACUCGGAAAACAAUGCUGUUUUGUCCGUCAGCAUCGCCGGAAUAUGGAGGUGUCUUUGUUUGUCGGAAAUGACUCUUUCUUCUUCACCGGGAGACUGCUUUCCGAACAACUCGUUUCGAAGUUUCAUACCUUUUUAUCUGCGCUUACAGAAAGCAUUUUGAAGGCCAAAAAGCGACCAUCAAGUAAAGGCGGCUAGACGAUUAAAAAAUCUUGAAAAUUUGAGGGAUUUGAUGAAGAAGGAGAAAGCGAUCUGGCGAUGGACCUCGUGGCAUGACCAAGUCGCGAACUCCGAAUGUCUCAUCAGAACGACCUACGACUUUCAAGGAUCACGACGACUGUAGAUUACAAUUUAAAUUAUCCCAUUUGAGUGCUAGAAAGACGAAGGAGGAAUUUUGUCAUUCUAAAGAAAUAUUUCGAAAUCUCGCCGUUCAGCUGCGAUUUGCCUCCGUCGGGGGUCGAGCCUGAAUACCUCAUGUCAACGGGUAUUUUUAGCCCUUGACGUAAACAGUGCAGUCUUUAAAUUUUCCCACCGCGGGUCGCGAAAGGAAAAUAAUCAUCGUUGAAAAUCACUGUUUACAGCAAUGAAUUGGUAGAGAAUUAAAUAGAAUGUCUUCCACGUAAAGUGGGGAAUAUAUUAUCUUUUUUAAUUAAGCUUACAUUUGUGCACUUUGAUUUUCUGCUGCGCGUGAAGUCGAUUUUUUGUUGCUUUCAUUUGAAAUUCGGGCAAACAUUUUUGGAGAGGAGGAAAUGCAGUCAAAUUCAUUUGGAAAGGAAGAAAAAAUAAUCGAAACGAAAGAGACAAAGAAAUAUAUUAGACAUUAAGCGAGGCAUAUAUUAUAUUUUUAAUUACAUAUGGGCACUUUGAUUUUCUGCUGUGCGUCAAGGCGAUUCAAAUGCAGUCUAGUCAAACCCACAUGUUGAGAGUAAGACAAAAUAAUCGAAACGAAAGAGACAAAAUGAUCCAAUUCUAGACAACAUUAGUUUAUUUGAAUUUUUAAGGUUAUAUGAAUAACUGUAUUUCGCCUCUACAAGAUCAAAAUGCAUACUAAACUAAUUAUUGAAGUACUUUACGUUACUUGUCCAUUACAGGACCAAUUUAGUGAUAUCAGCUGACCCUAUAGUAAAUUUGCAUUAAGAGGUCAUGUGACUAUUUAAAGUAACAGUGUUUUGUUUGAAAUGGAGGUUAUUGUUCCUCUAACGCCUUCUUCAAUUGGAUUGGAUCAUAUGUCAAGUAUAAAGUCAUCUUACUAAAUGUUUGAUUGAAACCUUCUUAAAUUUAAUUUUUGUGAUAACUAUUUAUAUCUUUCUGCCUUUUCUUCUUGCGUUUAGAACAUGUUGCAGUAAGAUAUAGUGAUAUGCUGACAUCACUUAUUGAUUUUAUGAAGCGCAUUGGUUCUUGAAACAAAACAUUCUUUGUUUCACCCAUUUUAAUUUGAAUAACUAAAACAAUGUUUGUAAACAUUGAUGUCUCCUUAAUAAAUGAAUUUAAAAAUGAUUAUUUCAAUGAUAGGGAUUUUACCUUUUUUUGGUUUUGUUUUUGUUUUUUCAUUUCUGUUUUAAUGAUGGUCUAGUAUUACUUUUAAUUUUAUUAUUCUCAUAUUCCUUAGGCAUUUUAUUCAGCAGAGAACAAAAGACUUCUUCAUUGCGGGAUGGCUUCCAUGGCCACAGCAUAUCAAGACUUCACCAAAAUAAAUCAAGAACCUGUGCUGCGCAGAUGUACGCCAUUCUGUGAAAAAAACAAGGAGUGCCCAGAGCAUCAUGAGUUAUUAGUAGCUAUUGUGAACUGCACAGAUAUGCUGGGUUCAUUGUCAAAUCUCGACAACCUUAAAGAGUGUGUAGAUAAGUACACCAAGGGUGGAUGGGGAAAAGAUGAUGAUGUCCCAGAUGCUGUGUUGGAUAAUCGAUUUCCUCUCAUCCAUUGGGCAGCAGCUCUUGGAAAGUGCAAUGCUUUAGAGUGGAUGCUCGCCAGUGGAUUUUCCCCAGUGGCAAAAUCAUCUGGAAACGGUGAAACAGCCUUACACCGUGCUAUUCAGUGGCUGCACAAGUCAAGACCAAAGUUUACUGUUAAAGAACUCAAUCCAAAGUUUUCAAAAAUGGUUGCACUGUUGAAGGAGACACUGUUGAUCAAAGAUGAGGCUCAUGGAGAAACUCCUCUCCAUACAGCUGCUAAUAUGCUGGUUCAUGGAGAGCAUAAGCCUAAUUUCUUCCUGUCUUGUUGUGAAGUGAUUGUUAACAAAGGAAAGAAGAUGGGAGAUUAUGCAGAUGCUAUUUUAAACUCUGUUAAUGAUUCUGGUGAAACAGCCCUACAUGUUUUAGCUCGUGGUGAAAGACAUAAGGUGGAAUACUGCACUCAGGCCAUUAGGACUCUCAUUGUCGCUGGUGCAGAUAGGAGUAUCAGAAAUAAUGAAGGACAGACAGCUUUAGACAUUGCCCUCGUUGGUGGAUCAGAAUCUAUUGUUGAGGAACUUAUCAGGGUAUGUGUCAUAUACUAUGGCUACCUACACCUGACUGUCAGUAUAGAUAGAUUGCAGUCGAUUGAAACCAAAACUAAUUUGUCUUAUAAAGAGUGUAUAAUAAUUACCAUGCACAGUGAAACCUUGUGGAUGUAUGGGCAUAAAGAUAUUAACAUGGCUGACUGACUGACUGACUGUGACAAAAUAUUUUUUCCCAGGGAGGGGGGGGUGGGGGCUGUAGUAUGGGUUUCCUCAUCAUGGGGUCCUCAUGUGAUUGUCAAAGACCCAUAGUGUGGGGAGGGGAAGACAGAAUUUUGAAUGAUGUGUCAAAAAUGUGGAAUUAAACAAAUUAAUGUGCAACAAUCAGUCCUGAAUGAUUUAUUAGGGACCUUAAGAUCCGACGACGGCAACGGGAACACCACAAAAGCAAUAGGUUUAAUUAGCAAAACAACAAUUUUGCACGUGCAUCACACUUUUUUGUACAUUUCUUUGCUGUCACUGCACGACUACGACGUGAAAAUGCCUAAUUUCACAUUGACAGAGGAAGUACACAAGCGACGACGAAACUUCCUCUCUCUUUCUGAACUUGAAUAUGGUUCUUAGGAAUUUACCUUUAGGAGGGUUAACCUACAUUUGUCAAAGUUAGUUACUUGGGGUAAUCGCGAUGAAGAUUGAAAGAACGCGAAUUCACUUUUUCAGCGACGUUUUCUCUGCCAUCGCCAUCCUCAUAUCUUAAGGUCCCUAUUGAAGAAGAGCUCUGAUACGUAUACCUUACAAUGCUAAUAAUCCUUUCAUGACUACCAUACCUUUAGGCAUAUAUAUGUACUUUCAAUGAAAAAAGUUAGGGUGGUUUUCUUCUUACCAAAGGUGACUAAGAAACUGGGGCAUUUGGACAGAAUUAGUACAUGAGUCUUUGUGUACGAUGAACUUUUGGGCAAUGCCUUUGUUUUUCGGGGGCAAGUUGUAGCUUUAACGUGGCCAAUUUGCUCCUGCCAGUUGUUUUGGCUUGCUGUGGGCCUAUGCAGUGCAUUCCAACCAAGUUCAGAGGUUUUGAUCCUUACUCAUCAAUAAAACCAGAAAUGAAAGGAGUGCUUUGAUUCUGAACUUGAUAGUUAAAAAAGAGCUUUAGAUUUUUUUGGAGUAAAUUCCAUUCAUGCCUUCAUUCAUACCACCAGGUAGUUGAAACAGAUGAAUCUGUACUGGAUAACAUGUCUGCUGCUGAGAGCACAGGAGAGCUGGGAUACUCUGGCCUUGUGACCCCAUCUCCUCCUCUUAGUAUAGAUGGACACAGUCACUCACCCGUGAGUGCUACAACAAUGGACAAUGAAGAUGAGGAUUCCAUAUAUCCUCGCAUUGCCCAUGUGCAGUCAGUCAACAUUAAAGUGGAGCCUCUUGAUGACAAUGAAGAUCCUGAUCAGGUAUUAAGUCAGAGCAAUCCUAGGGAUGAGAAUAUGGCUGGGGGUUGGGAAAGGAUAAUUGUAGAGUUAGCAAUAAUUAAGUGUUAUGUAACACUAAGUACCACAAUCUUCCACUUAUAAGCUCCCCAAGUUGUAGGCCUAUCUACCUGUAAACCAAAAAAUACAUCUAGUUAUAAGCUCCCUCUAGCAUUUUUUGAUUGAGCUGAAUUCAAAUUUUUACGACGUUUUAAAGCUUAAAAAAAGAAGUAAAUUCAAAAAGUGUUUUAGCCAGCACUGCUAUGUAGCUUGUUUUGAAACUGUUUUUGAUAUGCCCCUCAAAACCCCCACCACUGGGAUAUAAGCUACCCUUCAUUUAUGAGCCCUCCUAACACCUCUUGCGAAGCUGGAUAAGCCCAGGCCGAUCAAACAUUAGUCUUAGAGAUUCCAGUUGGAAGUAUAUUAUUAUUGUUUUCUGUUGUUGUUAUUGUUGUUGUUCUCAAAGGAGCUGGAUUUAAGUGUAUAGCCUUAAGACUGGAAUAGGUGGUUUGGUGGAUGAUGUUUUUGUAGACUUGAUCUCUUCCUAAUCUUUUCCACUUAUUAUAGUUAAAAGGUGGUGUGUCAUCAUUUUUGCAGCAAAUUCAGCAGUUGCAAGAAGAGCAGGCUUCAAGUAGUGGACCUAGUUCAGGUAAGUGCUGCAUCAGAUAAGAAUUUGUUGGAGAUGCACAAGUAAUAUGAUUAUCAAACAGGUGACGAAGCAGAGUCUUCAAUAACAUUCAGACACCAAGAAGUGGCUUUAGAAAAAGAGAAACAGAUAACUUUUGUUAGGCGGAGUUCAUGGUGUGUGAACAUUGGAUGAAAUGCUUCCUUGACUGGUGUCUCUGCAAGAUAUAAGCCCCCUCUAGCUUGUAUUGGAAUGAAUUCAGUUUUUUUGAAGUUUAAUUAAGCCAGUAAAGUAGAAAAGGUUUUUUGAUCAGCACUGCUAUGUAGCUUGAUUUGAAACUUUUACAUCAGCCCAGUUAAUUAAUCGCCCUGUUAAAACCUCCUAUACGCCCAGGCUUAUGAGUGGGAGUUUACGGUAUAUGUUUUUCAAAGAUAUUUUAUUUAAAGUCUGCAUUGUUGUUUUAUAAUUUCUGAUGUUGUAAAAAAGCAUCUGUCUCAAAUUUGACAUGUUUUAUAUGAGUAGCUUUGAGAUAAUUUUGUGUGAAAUGAACUUUUCAGAUCUUUGUGGUAACUCACCAUUGCUUAAACAUCUUGGAGAGGCAGGGCUUUUGAAUGAUGUGUCAGCAUUACUUGCUCGCGCACGGAGUAGAGAUGAAGGCAACCUUCGGAAAUUGCAAGCCCAAGCGAAAGGUAUCAGUGGAUUUUAGCGACAGUAGUCAGUAUUACACUGCAUACAUGUAUAAGCAUGCAUAUAUAAGACUGCACACCCCCCUCUCAACUCCAAAACAACUCGAACAAAAGUUGCAAUGAAAUAGACAGUUAGACUUUGUAGUCUCCUACGGCUAAACUGAAGGCCCCAUCUCACAACCCUUGCACAUAUUAAUUAUGUGGGACAUUAAAGAAACCACACACUGUUCAUAAUGAGUAGGGGACUUGCUCCCCGGUGAGGUGGUGUAUCUCUCAUGGGGAUAGAGACUGUUAUUGGCCAGCAGCUGUUGCAGUGACCCUGCCAAGAAUUGCCUAACUUUUUUUUUUUGUUUAUGUUUAUUUGUUGUUUUUUUGUUUUAUGUUGUUCUAUUUUAUCUUAAUUAAAUUAAUUAUUUUAUUUCUUUUCUAUCACUUUUUUCUUCUCCUAAAUUUAUGAUAUUUUUUGUCUCUAUCUUUUGUGUGUUGCAACCCUAUAAAUUGUAGUUUAAUCAUUGUAACUACUCAGGUCGUUUAGUUCUUUUUGCUAUUCUGAGUAGUUUUUUUUCCUGAUCAAUUUUAAUUUAUGCUGUUCUUGCAAAUGGUUUAAGUUGGCAAAAUAAAAUGGUUGGUUGUUGUUGUUCUUGCUAAGUAACUAAAUAGAAAAUAAUGUAUUAUGUUCUUUUUCUGUUGCAGAGGUAGAUGCACAAAUUAAUACAAAACUGAAAGAAAUUGAAAGAAUGAAGCUGGAAGUUUCCUCACUUAAACUGAAACGAAAGAGAUGUGAUAUUGAAGUUGACAAACUUCAUAAAAGACUUGCAUCAUGUGACAAUGCACUAAGAGAAAUACCGGGUGCAUCUUCACAGUCUUCAACUCCUACAAGCAUGUGAUUGUGCAGAAAUAUUAUGUUGUACACUGUUAAAUUGUAUAUAAAAUUUACUUUUCUUGUAUAACAAAGGAAAAAAGAAUUUAUUACAUUCAAGGUAGAGGUUAACAUGUUUUGGCUCACUCUGGUAAUGCAGAGUGAGCUUUAUAAGCCACAAGCUAAUGUAUGAGCUCUUUAAAACCCAAUGGAAUACCUAAGCAAAAGGCGCAGAUAAAAACCUACAGCAACCACACCACACAGAUCUUUUUUUCUUUUUUUAAUGUCCUACUGGAAACAGGGAACAUUUUGAUGUUGUGCCUUUUGUGUGAGCCAUAUGCCUCAACCUUCAUAUCAAAAAUUUAUCAUGUAUUUGGACAAAAUAUAUUUAUUGAAGUAUGCUAAAGUGCCAAAACAACGUUUUACAGGAAAAAACUGGUUUAGAAAGGGAGUUGUAAGUCUUAUUUUAUGUGUAAUAAAGAGGCUGAAGUCACACUUGACAAAUGCCUUGUGUUUAAGGCAUCAGCUGACAUUUGAUUGGAUGUGUAAUGAAAUUUAACAUCUUCCUUGUCAUAAGGGUUGCUUAAAUGUUUUUGUUACUCUUGUCCUUGGCAGUUUAAUAAUAACAAUUGUAAUAUUGUAAUUAUCCUUAACCCUUUAUGAGGCUUUUCAAGGAUAAUAAAACAAAUAAUUUAAGUAGAACAUAAUAUGGUUAAAAAUUCCAACUGGCAGGAGGCGAAGCAGUUGGAUAUUUUACAAGCUAUCCUGGCCGAAGAUUUGAACUCGGGACUACUGAGAACAAAUCCAGCUAGCGGUCAGUGGGGGACUUCAACUCGAGGCCUCUGAAUUAGAAGUCCAGCACUCUACCCGCUCGGCCACUCCACCUCCUUCUCAGCUUCCCUCUGUAAUUUAAGAGAUUCUUGGUUAUGAGUAACCGUAUGUGAUCUUAUUGACGCCCCCAGUCAAAUAAACGCCUCUUGUCUGAGAAAUACCUCCCUUAUGCUUUUGAGUUUGUAGUAGACGCCCCUCACUAAUAAACCGGCACCCCAUGUCUAAUAGACGCCUCCCCCCCACCUCCCUUCCGCCGCCUAUAUCCAAAAUUCAAGGAAAUAGCACGAAGGAGCAAGAUCGAUCAGUUUUGUCAGUUUCUUGCUUGAUUAACAAAGAUUUGCGCUUUGCAUCUUAUUCAAUGUCAAGUUCAAAGAAAGGAUUGCCUAACGGUUACAGCGCUGUCCUGAAUAAGAAUUCUGACGUCGAGGUUGAGAUUCUGAAGGAGCGAUAUGGAUCUCUAGAUGGCCUAGACGUACCAAUGAAUGGACUGGAUAUUUUGCUCUUUAUAAACUGUAUUGAUAUUUUCUCCGAAAUCAUAUUAGUUUUGUUGAGCUGGCUACAGUUACGAGAAUAAACGCC